GGAACUGGAAGCAAAUGACAUCACCGCAGGUCAAAGAAAAAGGGGCGAGAGGCAGGCGCCGAGAAGAGUAGGGCCUUUGGCAUUAGGAGCUCGAGCCCGGCCUGCCCCGCCAGGGACUCCGGUGCCCCCAGAGACCAUGCAGAGGUCGCCUCUGGAAAAGGCCAGCAUCUUCUCCAAACUUUUUUUCAGCUGGACCAGACCAAUUUUGAGAAAAGGAUAUAGACAGCGCCUGGAAUUGUCAGACAUAUACCAUAUCUCUUCUUCUGACUCUGCUGACAAUCUGUCUGAAAAAUUGGAAAGAGAAUGGGACAGAGAACUGGCUUCAAAGAAGAAUCCCAAACUCAUUAAUGCCCUUCGGCGAUGUUUUUUCUGGAGAUUUAUGUUCUAUGGAAUCAUAUUAUAUUUAGGGGAAGUCACCAAAGCAGUCCAGCCUCUCUUACUGGGAAGAAUCAUAGCUUCCUAUGAUCCAGAUAACAAGGCGGAACGCUCCAUUGCGAUUUACCUAGGCAUAGGCUUAUGUCUUCUCUUCAUCGUGAGGACUCUGCUCCUGCACCCAGCCAUUUUUGGCCUCCAUCACAUUGGCAUGCAGAUGAGAAUAGCUAUGUUUAGUUUGAUUUACAAAAAGACUUUGAAGCUGUCAAGCCGUGUUCUAGAUAAAAUAAGUAUUGGACAACUUGUUAGUCUCCUUUCCAACAACCUGAACAAGUUUGAUGAAGGACUUGCCUUGGCGCACUUCGUGUGGAUCGCUCCUCUGCAAGUGACACUGCUGAUGGGGCUGCUGUGGGAGUUGUUGCAGGCCUCCGCCUUCUGUGGACUUGCCUUCCUCGUAGUCCUCGCCCUCUUUCAAGCUGGGUUGGGGAAAAUGAUGAUGAAGUACAGAGAUCAGAGAGCUGGAAAGAUCAAUGAAAGACUGGUGAUUACCUCAGAGAUGAUUGAAAAUAUCCAAUCGGUUAAAGCAUACUGCUGGGAAGAAGCGAUGGAAAAAAUGAUUGAAAACCUAAGACAAACGGAACUGAAACUGACCCGGAAGGCAGCCUAUGUGAGAUACUUCAAUAGCUCAGCCUUCUUCUUCUCUGGGCUCUUUGUGGUGUUUUUAUCUGUGCUUCCCUACGCACUGCUCAAAGGAAUCAUGCUUCGAAAAAUCUUCACAACCAUCUCAUUCUGCAUUGUUCUGCGCAUGGCAGUCACCCGGCAAUUCCCCUGGGCUGUACAAACUUGGUAUGAUUCUCUUGGAGCAAUAAACAAAAUACAGGAUUUCUUACAGAAGCAAGAAUAUAAGACAUUGGAAUAUAACUUAACAACUACAGAAGUAGUGAUGGAGAAUGUAACAGCCUUCUGGGAAGAGGGAUUUGGGAAAUUAUUUGAGAAAGCAAAACAAAAUAAUAACAGUCGAAAAAUUUCCAAUGGUGAUAACAGCCUCUUCUUCAGUAACUUUUCACUUCUCGGUACUCCUGUCCUGAAAGAUAUCAGUUUCAAGAUAGAAAGAGGACAGUUGUUGGCAGUUGCUGGAUCUACUGGAGCAGGCAAGACAUCACUUCUGAUGAUGAUUAUGGGAGAACUGGAGCCUUCAGAGGGUAAAAUUAAGCACAGUGGAAGAAUUUCAUUCUGCUCUCAGUUUUCCUGGAUCAUGCCGGGCACCAUUAAAGAAAACAUCAUCUUUGGUGUUUCCUAUGAUGAGUAUAGAUACAGGAGUGUCAUCAAAGCGUGCCAACUAGAAGAGGACAUCUCCAAGUUUGCAGAGAAAGACAACAUAGUUCUGGGAGAAGGUGGAAUCACACUGAGUGGAGGUCAGCGAGCAAGAAUUUCUUUAGCAAGAGCAGUAUAUAAAGAUGCUGAUGUGUACCUAUUAGACUCUCCUUUUGGAUACCUAGAUGUUUUAACAGAGAAAGAAAUAUUUGAAAGCUGUGUCUGUAAAUUGAUGGCUAACAAAACUAGGAUUUUGGUCACUUCUAAAAUGGAACAUUUAAAGAAAGCUGACAAAAUACUAAUUUUACAUGAAGGUAGCAGCUAUUUUUAUGGGACAUUUUCUGAAUUACAAAGUCAGCGGCCCGACUUCAGUUCAAAGCUUAUGGGAUAUGAUACUUUUGACCAAUUUACUGCAGAACGAAGAAAUUCAAUCAUAACUGAGACUUUACGGCGUUUCUCAUUAGAAGGAGAUGCCUCUGUGUCCUGGAACGAAACAAAAAAACAAUCCUUUAAACAGACUGGAGAGUUUGGUGAAAAAAGGAAGAAUUCCAUUCUCAAUUCAAUCAACUCUAUAAGGAAAUUUUCAAUUGUACAGAAGACUCCCUUACAAAUGAAUGGCUUUGAAGAAGAUUCUGGCGAGCCUUUAGAGAGAAGGCUGUCCUUAGUUCCUGAUUCUGAGCAGGGGGAGGCAAUUCUACCUCGGAGCAACGUGAUCAACGCUGGCCCCACGUUUCAGAGACGACGGAGGCAGUCUGUUCUGAACCUCAUGACCCACUCCUCAGUGAACCAAGGUCAAAGCAUUCACCGAAAGACAGCGACGUCCACACGAAAAAUGUCACUGGUCCCUCAAGCAAACUUAACUGAAAUAGAUAUAUAUUCCAGACGAUUAUCGCAAGAUACUGGCUUGGAAAUAAGUGAAGAAAUUAAUGAAGAAGAUUUAAGGGAGUGCUUUUUUGAUGACGUGGAGAGCAUACCAACCGUUACUACCUGGAACACAUACCUUCGAUAUGUUACUGUUCACAAGAGCUUAAUUUUUGUGCUGAUUUGGUGCUUAGUUGUUUUUCUGGCUGAGGUGGCUGCUUGUUUGGUUGUGUUGUGUUUGCUUAAAAAAACAUCUCCUCAAGACAAAGGGAAUAGCACUAAGGGUGCAAAUAACAGCUAUGCAGUCAUCAUCACCAGCACCAGCGCAUAUUAUGUUUUUUACAUUUACGUGGGAGUAGCCGACGGUUUGCUUGCUCUGGGACUCUUCAGAGGUUUACCACUGGUGCAUACUCUAAUCACAGUGUCGAAAAUUUUACAUCGCAAAAUGUUACACUCUGUUCUUCAAGCCCCUAUGUCAACCCUCAACACAUUGAAAGCAGGUGGGAUUCUUAAUAGAUUCUCCAAAGAUAUAGCAGUUUUGGAUGAUCUCCUGCCUCUUACUAUAUUUGAUUUCAUCCAGUUACUAUUAAUUGUGAUUGGAGCUGUGGCAGUUGUCUCAGUUUUAAAACCUUACAUCUUCCUGGCAACAGUGCCAGUGAUAGUGGCUUUUAUUCUACUGAGAGCCUACUUCCUCCACACUGCACAGCAGCUCAAACAGCUGGAAUCUGAAGGCAGGAGUCCAAUUUUCACUCAUCUCAUUACAAGCUUAAAAGGACUAUGGACCCUUCGAGCCUUUGGACGUCAGCCUUACUUUGAAACUUUGUUCCACAAAGCUCUUAAUUUACAUACGGCCAACUGGUUCUUGUAUCUGUCAACACUACGCUGGUUCCAAAUGCGAAUAGAAAUGAUUUUUGUCAUCUUUUUCAUUGCCGUUACCUUCAUUUCCAUUUUAACAACAGGGGAAGGAGAAGGAACAGUUGGGAUUAUUCUAACAUUAGCCAUGAAUAUCAUGAGUACAUUGCAGUGGGCUGUAAACUCCAGUAUAGAUGUGGAUAGCUUGAUGCGAUCUGUGAGCCGAGUCUUUAAGUUUAUUGAUAUGCCAGCAGAAGGAGAUCAACCUAACAAGUCGUUCAAACCAUCCAAGGAUGGCCAGCUUUCAAAGGUUAUGAUUAUUGAGAAUCAACAUGUGAAGAAAGAUGACAUCUGGCCUUCAGGGGGCCAAAUGACUGUCAAAGACCUCACUGCGAAAUAUGUAGAUGGUGGGAAUGCCGUAUUAGAGAACAUUUCCUUCUCAAUAAGUCCUGGCCAGAGGGUGGGCCUCUUGGGAAGAACUGGAUCAGGGAAGAGCACUUUAUUAUUGGCUUUUUUGAGACUGCUGAACACAGAAGGAGAAAUACAAGUAGAUGGUGUGUCUUGGGAUUCAAUAACUUUGCAACAGUGGAGGAAAGCUUUUGGAGUCAUACCCCAGAAAGUAUUCAUCUUUUCUGGAACAUUUAGAAAAAACCUGGAUCCCUAUGGACAGUGGAAUGAUCAAGAAAUAUGGAAAGUUGCAGAGGAGGUUGGACUCAGAUCUGUGAUAGAGCAGUUUCCUGGGAAGCUUGAUUUUGUCCUUGUAGAUGGGGGUUGUGUGCUAAGCCACGGCCACAAGCAGUUGAUGUGCUUGGCCAGAUCUGUUCUUGGUAAAGCAAAGAUCUUGCUGCUGGAUGAACCCAGUGCUCAUUUGGAUCCCAUAACGUACCAAAUCAUUCGAAGAACCCUGAAACAAGCAUUUGCUGAUUGCACGGUAAUCCUCUCUGAACACAGGAUAGAAGCAAUGUUGGAAUGUCAACGAUUUUUGGUCAUAGAGGAGAACAAAGUGCGGCAGUAUGAUUCCAUCCAGAGGCUGCUGAGCGAGAAGAGCCUCUUCAGGCAGGCGAUCAGCCCCUUGGACCGCCUGAAGCUCCUCCCGCACCGGAACUCUAGCAAGCAGAGGUCUCGGUCCAAAAUCGCAGCUCUGAAGGAGGAAACAGAAGAAGAGGUGCAAGAAACAAGACUUUAGAGAGCAGAACAAAUGUUUGCUUGGGACGCUCAUGCCUGGAGUUGCAGGAGGAAAGAGUUUCUGCUUCAGAGUACUAGGAUGAAUGAUUUUUUUUUUUUUUUAAAAAGAAAAACUUUUGGUAAGAGGAAUUAAUGAUAUUCAUGUGGGUCUGGAUAAAUGGCUUUCCGGCAAUGGCCAAAUUGUGUGAAAGGUACUUCAAAUCCUUGAAGAUUCACCACUUGUAUUUACAAACCAGAUUCUCCUGAAAACUCUUUCCUUUGGUAGUCAUUAGAAAGGUGGCUGUAAACUUGAGCCGUUUUAACUCUUCAAUGUGCUGUUUAGUGAAAUUUGUCCAUUUGUAUUGUUGGAGAAGAACUAUAAUCAUACUACCUAGAGAUACAAUUAAAUAAUGAUAACUGGAAACUUUAGUGGUUUAUAUAAGUUUAUAUACCUUUCUCUUCACUCUCUCCAUGAUAUUUAAAAGCACAUGUAUUAUCUGUUAAGCAUUCAGACUGUCCCACUUCCAAGCAAGUGGUAGAAUGGUGUGAGAGUCACAAGAGAGCCCAUCAAAGUAUGUACCACCCAACAUCUGAGUAUUGGUCAGGGGAGAGAACUUCCCAGUCCUGGAAAUGAGUUAGUACCAUUCAGCAAUACACAAAUUCAAAUAAUUCAGAUAAUCAGGGAACAUCCCUUCUCUGAGAAAUGGGUGGUUACAGACCCAUGUAGGGAACAAGGAUAUAGCUCCCUUGAUUUGGAAGUGAACGUGUCUGCUGCCAGUAAGUAACAAGCUCUUAAGACUUCUGAACUGAAGGAUGGCUAGAAAAAUGCUUUAAAUGCAAAUUGCUGCAGGAAAACCCUUCUUACCACAGAAGCUCCAGGCAGAUCAGCUAUGGGCACUACAGGUAGAUGCACAUGAAAGAUCUAGGUAUAUAGAGGGUGAUGGGGUGUGUUUUCAGGCUACCUGUAUGCACUUCAUACUGUAUAUACUAAGUGGGAGAGAUAGUAGACAUGCUGAAAUGAGUCAAUCAUGAAUUAGUUUUAUAUCCUUCUGUUUUAUAAUUUUGUGAUACAAAUGAAAUUUUCUCUAGGAAAUUGUAUUUAUUUUUAAUAAUGUUUCAAACUCAUAUAAAUGGCUGUAUUUUAAGAAUGAUUAUAUUAUGAAUUAUAUUUGUAUAAAAGAUUUUUUAUAUUUGAAAUAUUAACUUUUUAUGGCACUAGCUAUUUUUACAAUACGUUAUGUUAAAACUGGGAGGGGUGGGGGGGUACUGGCCAGGGUCUCUGGAUUAUGUUGAUAGCAUAGAGAGAAGCAUUAGGGCUCACACAGAUGUUGCACACACCUGUGUGGUUCCCUCUUAGAUGCAGUUCUAAAGAAAACGGUACCACAAAAUCUGACCACUCCUAUUAAGGAUACACUGCCUUCUCAACUCCAAACUAACCCUUAAGAUUGCAAUCUAUUUAUUACUGUAAGAAAAUAUCAUGUGUCAAUAAAAUCCUUGAAGCUUA